GCCCGGCUCUAGUAGGCGGCGCUCCCUCCUUCCCCACCACCCCGAGUCUUUUUGCAGCCACUGCCUUCCAGUGGCAAGAUGCCGCCCAGUGGAUUGUCCAAUGAACGGCCGGAGCGGAGGGCUUCACUGGAAGGGCGUUGUCUCGCAAGCGACCUGCUAUUGGAGGCUGCCUUUUCCCCAUAAGGCUCGGUCUCCCACCCCCUCCCUCCUCUCGCUGGCGUCAGAAAUAGAAACGACUCGGUCCAGUUUGGCGACAAUCGAGAGAGAGGAACGCACCGGCUCCAAGGGCGCCCUGGAUUUCCCUGGCUCGCUGUCAGAACGCAAAGGAAAGCCGAGGAGCCAAAGAAAGGACGAGUUUCCCCAUCGCAAAGAGCCUCUGGAUUGCUUUCCUCCCUUCGGCCUUGGAGGAAGCCCAACCCCCCUCCUUCAUUCCGUAAGGAAAGUCGUUACGGUACUCGGAGCCACAAGGUGCAUCGCAACUGCCCCCCAAAAAACAAAAAAAACCCAAACCCGAAGCAAAACGCGUUUGAAACACUUCAGAUUUGAAAGCACGCGUCGGGCACAGCGAUCAUGGCGCUGGAUUUCCUCGCAGGCUGCGUAGGAGGUGCUGCUGGUGUACUGGUAGGACAUCCAUUUGAUACAGUUAAGAUGACUGUUUGCUGCAUGAUGAAACAGUCUUGCUGAUUUAAUGUGCUUCUUCCCAUCCAAGAAAAGAUGUUAUGACAGAUAAGCCUCAUCACGGGAGAGUUACCUAGUAAGUAUAGACCAGGUGAACAUUCUGUUUCUCUCGGUCUUAAUUUAUUCCAACAUUUAUGAUUAGUUCAAAUUUUUAUAAACAAGCAAAAAGUACCUUCCCCCUUUUUUUUUUAGUUUUUAAAAUGUUUCUAGAGUGGAGGGUGUGGGGUAUGUAAUGCCUUUAAAUAUAAUCUGUAUUUUUUUUAAAGAAAAGUCUAACUUUUGCAAUUUGUUCUCUAGUGUUUUUCUUUGUCCCCUUUUGUGCUUAAAGUUUGUAUACCUGUGCUAACAAGCAAAAGCCUCUUAAAUUGUGAAUUCUGUUUCAGCCUUUCCUUAAAUCAGGAACCCAUUUUUCAUUUCCCCAUACAGCUAUGACUGCUUUGUGUUAAUGAGUUUUAGGUAUUGCUACUGGAAUGAUAUCUGAGCCCACUCUUGGUAUACUUUUUAGUAUUUUGAAUUGCCAACAUUUGAUUGUUACUCACCUUUACAAAAUAAGAAGAAAAAGUAGGAACCAUCUUAAUAAAAAUGAUUUUUUAUUAAGAAAUGACAUAGGGACAAAAAUGGAAUUCUUAUUCUAAAGAUGCAACGCUCUAAAGGUUUAAACUAUUGUUAUUAGUCUCUGAGAUCCUUAAAUAGUUUUAAAAUAUCCAGGUUCCAAAUUGUUCCUCCAAACAGGAUUUUCUGACCCUGUAUAGAUUGCUGGAAUGCAUUGUACUAAGAUUAUUUAGACUUUUGGCGUAUUUAAGUUGUGAACCUAAGCUUGUAAAAGUCUUGCAUUGUGGUCCUAUAGAAAAAAAUGUAAUUCUAUGCCUGGGGAACAUUUUCACUUAUGACUGAUACAUUUUGAGCUUAGCUAUUCAUGGUUCUAUAGAUGAGCAACACUUAAUUCUUUAGAAACAUCAGAUGUGCUAAUUAAACCAGCAAUAACUGAACAGCCAAGUGAGGAUUUGCCUCACUGAACAUCUUAAUUUAACAUCCUAGUAAGUGACCAUUCCAUAUAGGAUAUAGCAUAAAUCGGAGUGGCUCCCAAAACGCAAACUGUGUUCUCUUUAAUUUAUUGUGGCAUCAUGCCUGCACACAUGUACAUAACUACAUUAUGUGUAUGCACCCAAAGGUACUAUCAUACUAUCAGCUGAUUUUUUGCCAUGUCAGUAAUUUCUAAUUACAUUUUAUAGGUACGUCUUCAAGUUCAAAGUAUGGAGAAACCACUCUACCGUGGGACUGUACAUUGUUUCCAGUCUAUCAUAAAGCAAGAAUCUGCUCUUGGACUUUAUAAAGGUAUUGGAUCGCCUAUGAUGGGCCUCACCUUCAUCAAUGCCCUUGUCUUUGGCGUUCAAGGGAAUGCUCUCCGUGUUCUCGGAAAAGACACACCUGUACAUCAGUUCCUGGCAGGUUCAGCAGCAGGUGCCAUUCAGUGUGUGAUCUGCUGUCCUAUGGAACUGGCUAAGACACGGAUGCAGCUGCAAGGAACAGGGGAAUACAAGUUGAAGUCCAAGAACUACAAAAACUCUUUGGACUGCUUGGUGAAGAUCUAUCGAAAGGAGGGCCUAAAAGGCAUCAACAAGGGAAUGGUUUCCACGUUUCUGAGAGAGACCCCCAGCUUUGGUUUCUACUUUUUAACCUAUGACUGCCUCACAAGGUAUCUGGGGUGCGAAGCGGAAGAUAGUUACAUUGUUCCCAAACUUCUUCUGGCAGGAGGCAUGUCUGGCAUAGUCUCCUGGCUCUCUACGUAUCCUGUGGAUGUAAUCAAGUCCCGCCUUCAGGCUGAUGGAGUUGGAGGAGUCGUACGGUACCACGGUAUUCUGGACUGCAUUAGAAAAAGCUACCGGGAUGAAGGCCCAAGGGUGUUCACGAAGGGUCUUACAUCCACCUUGCUUCGGGCUUUCCCUGUUAAUGCUGCAACUUUUGCCACUGUUACAAUAUUCCUUACAUAUAUGAGGUCGGAGGAUGGCCAGAUCAGAGGUGAUUUAAGUGGAUGUGAAGCUGGUCCAGUGAUGCAACAACCUUCAAGUUUUUAAAUUGACUGGAAGAUAAAGUUGUACCUGUUACAUGUAAGAUGUCAUCAUUUUUUAAAAAAAGAAUAUUUGGAUACCAAGAGUAUACAUUUUGGUCUGUAUAAAGCAUCUUUUUAAAAAUCUCACUUAUAAAAGCAGCUUAAUGCUUUAGGAAAACUCUGAGUUGACACUAGAAACUCGGGACAAUAAAAGGAUUUGCCUUUUGAACAUGUGCUCAAACCACAUCUGCUGGAUUUUUCCAGUGCAGCCUUGACUUCAAUUCCUACAAUCCUCAGCCAGCACAUUAUUAAGGAAAUCCAAUGCAGUCAUUAGUUGAAGUCAGUUUCAAUGUAUUGCAGACAAGUCAAAAUAGCUACUACAUCUAUCAACCCUGAUGCUAAAUUCCUAUUCAAACAAUAGAAGAAAUGGGGCUUUGAACAGAUAAUAAAGGCUUGUAUGCACAGAUGUUAUGUCCCUUUCAUGUUUAUUGGGAGUUUAGGACUAGGGCCAGCAGCAUACUUCUCUCAACACACAUUAAACGGUCUGGAUGGAUUCUCUGUUCUGGUUAUUGCUGUCUGACCACUAUAUUCGAUUUAGAGCCGAUUGUCCUGGUAAAUGUAGAGUAAAAAAACAACAACCCAACAUCUGUUUCAUUUUCCUGCACUUUAUCCUAGGGGAGCUUGUGUUUUCCAAAUAAUUUUAGCUUAUAAUUUACAACAUCUGAUCAGUGACCCUCCUGACGGGAACUGAUGGAGAUGAACAACAACUGGAGAACUACAAGCCUUUCCUUGAUUCUAUAUUUUAACAACCUGUUGCAAAUCAUUCUUUAGAUGAUGUAAGCUACACUUUUUACCAUUCUUGUUAAUUAGCAGUACUUGUCAGGAAGCCUGUAGCCUCUUCCUGCUAAUUGUGAAUAUUUUAGUACAGUCUAUGCUUUAUUAUUUGAUCAGUAUGCAAUCGGAUCAGUAUCUCAAGUCAUGUAGAUGCUUUCCUGCUAUUUUUAGAUUAUGGUUUGUUUUUCUGUUGUGUUUCUAUUAGCAUUUGGCUUUUAAUUUUUUUUUAAUGUAUGCAGUUGCAUCUUGUAAAUAUUUAAACAUAUUUUAGUUACUAUGUUUUGAGUUGGAAGGUAGAGUAUAUCUAGAAAUCAUGUUACAACCCAAAAUGUAGACUAUUGUUUUUAGGGUGAUGGUGAUAGAUGUGCUUAAAUUAUCAUUUCUUCAUUACUGGGGUGUAUGUGCAUAAUUAUGAUCUAUAAGUAAUAAGAUAAAGGAUGAAAGUAUAUUUAAAAGAAUUUAACAGAAGUGUGUUUUAGGGAAUUAUAUAUUGAAAACACAAGUCAAGCUCAGUAGUUUUGGAAACUUUGGUGGAUAAGAGACCUGACAAACUAUUAAGCCUAUUUCAUAGCAUUCUUAAAUAAAAACGCUGCAAUAUUGUCUCAUUAACAUCAGCAAUAAUACUAAGUUAAUUGAGUUUUAUUAACAAAUGUUUAAGGUUGCAGUGCCAUACACACUUAUCUGGAUGAUUAAACUCCAAUUGGGCUGAUUUCUGAACAGCAAUAAAUAUAAUUGGCCUAGUCAUAAUAUCUCUCAAGGUGUGUAAGGUGUACAGUGGCCAGUCAAACAUCUAUU